GUGCCUGCCCGCUCCCUUCCCCUAAUGCCCCAGCACAGGAGCCACCUCACAACGGCUGAGACCAGCGGAAGGAUCCGGAUGCCAGGAUGCACGGCCUCCUGGUGGCACUGCUGUUGCUGCAUCUUGGGGCCCCCUCCGGGGCUGAGUGUCCCCCAGCUCACCUGGUCAACAGAACCAGCUCUUGGGCCGCUUUGACCUGGGAGUGGCUGGACGCCUCACAGACGUGCAUGAACAUCAGUGGCAAAAACGUCUCCAGCAUCCAUGGAAGACCCCAGCCGGGCAGCCAACUGCGGGAGCUGGAUCUGUCCCACAACCGCCUCAGCAGGCUGCCUUCAGACUUCCUCAGCUCCACAGAGAAGCUGGAGCUUCUCUUCCUUCAAGGGAACAGCCUUCCUGAGCUGCCUCCUGCAUUCUUUGGGCAAACCAGCCACCUGAAGGGGCUGAAGCUGGAGGACAACCCGCUGCCUUCUGUGCCUGCCAGCCUUUUCCGUCUCUGCCUGGAGACACUCAGUGUGGACUGCCGAUGCGAUGUGGCCAGGGACAUCUCCUCUUAUUGUCAGAGGCGCAACUGCACACGGAGCAUCUCUUGCCACUGCUCCUCCCCUCAGGGCUUCCUCAAUGUCACCGACUUCUAUGCCCAGCAGUGCCAAGGCUUCUCUGUGGCACUGUACGCUGCCAUCGUGGUCCCCAUCCUGGUUCUGCUUUUGGGUGCCACUGUGGUGUAUGUCCUGAUCCGGAGGAAGAAGGGAGCCACCACAGUCCAGGAGAAACGGGACUCCAGCAUAUCGAACGGGGCUCAACCGAGGUACAUCAGUCACAUCAGCCCACAGAUCAAUCCAGCCAAGGAUGUGGGAGGCCAUGCCGAUUAUGAGAACAUCUUCAUUGGUGCACCCCAGGAGUCCAGAGGAGGGCACAAGGAGCGGUACAGCAGAAAGCCACCCAAGAGCAGGUCACACCGAAAAGUCCAGGAGGUUGAGCCCCCGCCUGGUGAACAGCCCAUCUAUGCCAACACACAGGAGGUGUACUCUAACUAUGCUGGGACCCCAGCCCCUCUCGAUGAGGACCUCUACGUCAUGCCAGACCAGUGACUCUCCCUCAGGGUCCCACCACCAUCUCCCAUUAACUUUAACUGCACUUGGAGACUUUGCUUUCAGCUGGGGGGACACACAGAUGAAGAGCAGUGAUGCCCCCCCCCCUUACGACUCAGAGCUACAACCAGCAUCUUUGCUUCACUUGUUGCUGUGGGUCCACUUUCAUCUCUCUUUAUAGCAACACCCGGUACAUUUCUCUCCUUCCUCCUCUCCUCUCCUCUCUCCUCCUUCCUUUUGGGGGAGGGUGAUUUCUUCUUCCAGCUCUAAAAUCCUCCCUGCCAUGUAGAAAUGGUAAUCUCUGUGCAGCAGAUUAGAUUAGGCCAGUGGUCCCCCUAUUCCAGCAUCCUGUUUCACAGCUAAUCAGUUACUAUGGGGGGCCAACCACGGUGCAUAGAGGCCGAAGCCUUCGCCUGACGUUGCCUCCUAGCACAAGGAUUCAGGGAUUGGCUGCUCCUGAAUGUGGAGGAUCCUUUUAGUCACCAUGGCUAGUAGCCAUUGAUAGAUCCCUCUUCAUGAAUCUAUCUAAGCUAUCAAUUCUCAUGAUCAUUACUACAUCCACUGGCAGUGAAUUCCACAAUUACUCAUUAAGAAGUAUUUCAUAUUGUCUGUUCUGGACUUAUUUCCCAACAGCCGCAGGGAGAUAACUCUCUUCCACUCUUUCCACCCCCUACAUAAUUUUAUAAGCCGCCUAUAAGCCUUCUUUAAAUGAGAACAACUCUUUUCCACACAUUUGAGUUACCUUGCUAGACUUGAUCCCUUUUAGACAAAGAAUCAACCAGUUUGGGCCAGACCUACAUUUUGUCAGGGAAGCAGAGAGCCAUUAAUAGGGUACAGCCGUUCUGUAAUAAUUCCUUGGCUGGUAGUCGAAGCUCCUGAUGUCAGAGCUAGAGCGUUACCUAGAAUUGUCUAGAACCCCUAAUGGGUCUUAUGGAGGAAGCUGGCUUCAGUCAGCCUCCAUGGCCCAUAAAAAUCUCGGAGCUCUGGACUUUGUCCCAACUUCGGAAUAUCUGGAGACUCCAAGAUCAGUGGGCCAGGGGUUAAGGACGCCUCCGCCAUCUUGGUACUGCGAGGAACUUUCUGCAUGCACUGAGGAACCCACGCCAACCUAGACCAACGUUAUCACUUUUAUUUGAGAGACUGUGGAUGUGUGAUGCUGUGCCCUUUCCCUGUUUCAUAUUUUGUCUCCUUUCCUACCCCAUUUGAAUCCAGCCAACAUUUCUCUAAUAAACCAUCUUUUUAUAAAGAUACAAUAGCACAA